CAGACAUCCGGAGCAGCCGACGAGUGCUGCCCUCCUCAAUGCCGGUCCGGUAGUCUUCAAUCUAACUGUGAGAUAUGCAGACUUCACUGCUGUAUCUGUGUGCUUUGCUCAUUUACACCAGUGCAGGUGCGGACAUCAAGGACUGUAAAAACAUAGGGAAGAUAUGCGAUACGCAUGCAGAGUGCAUCAAAGUGCGCAACAACUUCACCUGCAUUUGCCUUAGUGGGUACAGUGGAGAUGGAAUCCAUUGUAAAGACAUUGAUGAGUGUAGCGCUGGUAUUCACACGUGUCACAUUAGAGCACACUGUGAAAAUACUCCAGGCAGCUACAGCUGUGUGUGCCUGGGUGGCUACUCUGGUGAUGGCUUCCAGUGUGUGGACAUUAACGAGUGCCAAACAGGGAAUGGUGGCUGCCACGUUGAUGCAAUUUGCACCAACAGAGAGGGUGGGCGAGAUUGCCAGUGCAAGCCUGGCUUCAGUGGAAAUGGGUUUCAGUGCACUGAUAAUAACGAAUGCACCACACCAGGCAUCUGCCACUGGAAUGCAACCUGCACCAACAACCCUGGCUCCUUCACCUGCACGUGUAACGCUGGCUAUAAGGGCAAUGGAAACUACCUGUGCCUGGACAUUGAUGAGUGUAUUGAAACUCCAGGUGUGUGCUCUGCCUCAUUUGGCUUUAGAGGCUGCAGGAACCUGCCAGGAACCUACCGCUGCCUCUGCAACAGUGGCUACCAAAGCAAUGGGAGAACCUGCGAGGAUAUUAAUGAAUGUGCAAGCAAUACUUGUAGCAUGUUUGCUGAUUGUGUGAACACACCAGGGUCGUAUAGAUGUACUUGUCAGGAUGGCUUUAUGGGGAAUGGCUUGACUUGUGUGGACAUCAACGAAUGUAGCGGAAAGAACGACUGCGCCCCCAACGCGGUGUGCAUCAAUGUGCUGGGCAGCUAUGAAUGCUCUUGUCGCUCUGGCUUUGUGGGAGAUGGGCACCAGUGUACGGACAUUAACGAGUGCCAAACAGGGAAUGGUGGCUGCCACGCUGAUGCAAUUUGCACCAACAGAGAGGGUGGGCAAGAUUGCCAAUGCAAGCCUGGCUACAGAGGAAAUGGGUUUCAGUGCACUGAUACUAACGAAUGCACCACACCAGGCAUCUGCCACUGGAAUGCAACCUGCACCAACAACCCUGGCUCCUUCACCUGCACGUGUAACGCUGGCUAUAAGGGCAAUGGAAACUACCUGUGCCUGGACAUUGAUGAGUGUAUUGAAACUCCAGGUGUGUGCUCUGCCUCAUUUGGCUUUAGAGGCUGCAGGAACCUGCCAGGAACCUACCGCUGCCUCUGCAACAGUGGCUACCAAAGCAAUGGGAGAACCUGCGAGGAUAUUAAUGAAUGUGCAAGCAAUACUUGUAGCAUGUUUGCUGACUGUGUGAACACACCAGGGUCGUAUAGAUGUACUUGUCAGGAUGGCUUUGUGGGGAAUGGCUUGACUUGUGUGGACAUCAGCGAAUGUAGCGGAAAGAACGACUGCGACCCCAAUGCGGUGUGCAUCAAUGUGCUGGGCAGCUAUGAAUGCUCUUGUCACUCUGGCUUCGUGGGAGACGGGCGCCAGUGUACGGACAUUAACGAGUGCUCAGAAAAUAACAAAUGCCCAGCCAGUGCUGCCUGUGUCAACACUCCAGGGUCGUUUUACUGUGACUGUGGUCAGGGCUACGUAUUCAAUAAAACACAGUGUCAGGAUCUGGACGAAUGCGCUAUAGGUUACUCUGGUGAUGGCUUCCAGUGUGUGGACAUUAACGAGUGCCAAACAGGGAAUGGUGGCUGCCAUGCUGAUGCAAUUUGCACCAACAGAGAGGGUGGGCAAGAUUGCCAGUGCAAGCCUGGCUUCAGUGGAAAUGGGUUUCAGUGCACUGAUGAUAACGAAUGCACCAGACCAGGCAUCUGCCACUGGAAUGCAACCUGCACCAACAACCCUGGCUCAUACGUAUGCACGUGUAACACUGGCUAUAAGGGCAAUGGAAACUACCUGUGCCUGGGCAUUGAUGAGUGUACAGAAACUCCAGGUUUAUGCUCUGCCUCAUUUUCUGGGGUCCCCAUGACUUCACUGCUGUAUCUGUGUGCUUUGCUCAUUUACACCAGUGCAGGUGCGGACAUCAAGGACUGUGAAAACAUAGGGAAGAUAUGCGAUACGCAUGCAGAGUGCAUCAAACUGCGCGACAACUUCACCUGCACUUGCUUUAGUGGGUACAGUGGAGAUGGAAUCCAUUGUAUAGAGAUUGACGAGUGUAGCGCUGGUAUUCACACGUGUCACAUUAGAGCACGCUGUGAAAAUACUCCAGGCAGCUACAGCUGUGUGUGCCUGGAUGGCUACUCUGGUGAUGGCUUCCAGUGUGUGGACAUUAACGAGUGCCAAACAGGGAAUGGUGGCUGCCACUCUGAUGCAAUUUGCACCAACAGAGAGGGUGGGCAAGAUUGCCAGUGCAAGCCUGGCUUCAGUGGAAAUGGGUUUCAGUGCACUGAUAAUAACGAAUGCACCACACCAGGCAUCUGCCACUGGAAUGCAACCUGCACCAACAACCCUGGCUCAUACGUAUGCACGUGUAACGCUGGCUAUAAGGGCAAUGGAAACUACCUGUGCCUGGACAUUGAUGAGUGUACAGAAACUCCAGGUGUGUGCUCUGCCUCAUUUGGCUUUAGAGGCUGCAGGAACCUGCCAGGAACCUACCGCUGCCUCUGCAACAGUGGCUACCAAAGCAAUGGGAGAACCUGCGAGGAUAUUAAUGAAUGUGCAAGCAAUACUUGUAGCAUGUUUGCUGACUGUGUGAACACACCAGGGUCGUAUAGAUGUACUUGUCAGGAUGGCUUUAUGGGGAAUGGCUUGACUUGUGUGGACAUCAACGAAUGUAGCGGAAAGAACGACUGCGACCCCAAUGCGGUGUGCAUCAAUGUGCUGGGCAGCUAUGAAUGCUCUUGUCGCUCUGGCUUCGUGGGAGACGGGCGCCAGUGUACGGACGUUAACGAGUGCUCAGAAAAUAACAAAUGCCCAGCCAGUGCUGCCUGUGUCAACACUCCAGGGUCAUUUUACUGUGAUUGUGGUCAGGGCUACGUAUUCAAUAAAACACAGUGUCAGGAUCUGGACGAAUGCGCUAUAGGUCGUUGUAGCCAGCAUGCUUCUUGUGCAAACUUCCCUGGCUCCUUCACCUGUGCGUGCUUUCCAGGUUAUGCUGGUGACGGAUUAUCCUGUGCAGACGUAGAUGAAUGUACUUCAUCCCAGAAAUGCCACCCCAAUGCCAUCUGCACCAACUUGCCUGGAAGUUACAACUGCAGCUGCAUGGUGGGCUUCACAGGAGACGGUGUGGCUCGAUGCUCAGAUGUAGAUGAGUGUCUUGUGAAUAAUGGUGGAUGUAGUGUCAAGGCCACUUGUAUCAAUAGCAUGGGAUCCUUCUCCUGUGUCUGCCCCUCUGGGUUUAAUCUAGUCAACCGCACAAUCUGCCAGGACAUUGAUGAAUGCAAGGUGCUGGAAAAGCCAUGUAAAACUAAUGAGAAAUGCUUCAACAAAGAAGGUUCUUAUGAGUGUCCUUGUCAGGUUGGAUUUAGUCGACCCACCCUGGGCUCAGAGUGUACUGAUAUUGAUGAGUGUACAGUGGGUCAGCCAUGCCACCGCAAUGCUACCUGUCUCAACUCAGUGGGCUCUUUCACGUGCACCUGCAAGCAUGGAUUUAGUGGAAACGGCACCAAAUGUGAAGACGUAAAUGAAUGCCUGGCAGGCGGUGCAUGCCACCCACGUGCCCUGUGCUUCAAUGUCCCUGGCGACUUCCACUGCCAGUGCCAAAAGGGCUUUGAAGGAGAUGGCUUCACUUGCACAGACUUGAAUGAAUGUGUGCUCUCGAACACUACCUGCCCUGACUUCUCAAUGUGCGUUAACUCUCCUGGAGCAUACGUCUGCUCAUGCCUGAAUGGCACAGUGGCAUACAAUAACACCUGUACUGCUCCUAGCCAAGGGUGUAGUCCUCCCUGCCAUCCACAUGGGCUCUGUCACCCUUCACCCAUGGGAUACCAGUGUGUGUGUGACAUGGGCUUUGAGGGGGAUGGGAGCAUUUGUUCAGACAUCGAUGAGUGUCUAAGUGACAAAGUGUGUCUCAAGAAUGAGACUGAGUGCGUGAACAGCCCAGGCUCCUUCUCCUGCAUCUGCAAAAAGGGUUACACUCAGUAUGGAACAGAAUGCAUAGAUGUGAAUGAGUGCACUUCAGGAAGCGAUGAGUGCAGUGACUUUGCACAGUGUGUCAACACCAUCGGGAAGUCACCUGUGCUUCUGUCUCAGCGGCUUCACUGGUGA